ACGAACCAGCUGAUUCGAGGUCACAGGUCACAACUCAUCCAUCAUGGCGGCCUCCACGUGCGACGUGUUUUCCUUUUGUGUGAAGCCCGAGUCUGUCCGAAGAGCUGCAGAGGUCCGGUACAUUAGCAGCGGCAAGGGCAAGGGGUUGUUUGCCACCCGAAGUAUACGGAAGGGGGAGACAAUAUUUCAGGAGAAGCCCCUGGUGUCCUCACAGUUCCAGUGGAAUGCAUUAUACAGGUACAGAGCUUGUGAUCACUGCCUGCGAUCUUUGGAGACAGCGGAGGAGAAUGCCCAGAGACUGUCUGGAAAUGUCCAUAUGAUGCUGCCAUACCCUGAGCUUUGCACUAUCCAGAACGGGCGCCACCAGCAGUGCCCACGCUGCCAGGUGUCGUACUGUAGUCCCGAAUGCCUCAAGGCAGCGGCUGAGCAAUACCACCAGGUCCUGUGUCUGGGGCCUUCCAGGGACAACGGUGCUCAUCCCCUUAACAAGCUGGAAGAAGCCUGGCGAAACAUACAUUACCCCCCUGAGACAGCCAGUAUUCUGCUCAUGGCGAGGAUGGUGGCCACUGUCAAACAGGCCAAGGACAAGGACUGGUGGCUUCACCUCUUCUCCCAGUUCUGCAACAAAACGGCCAACGAGGAGGAAGAGAUUGUUCAUAAACUGCUAGGAGAUAAGUUUAAGGGGCAACUGGAACAAUUGCGUCGGCUGUUUGUGGAAGCCCUGUAUGAUGAGCAAGUGAGUCGGUGGUUCACGCCAGAAGGUUUCCAGUCUCUGUUUGCGCUUGUUGGAACGAAUGGGCAGGGAAUCGGCACCAGCUCCCUCAGUCAGUGGGUCCAUGCGUGUGAUGCCCUGGAGCUCCCGGCGCACGAGAGGGAGCAGCUGGACGCUGUCAUUGACCAGCUGUAUAAGGACAUAGAGAAAGAGACGGGCGAGUUUCUAAACUGUGAGGGCUCGGGCUUGUAUAUCCUGCAGAGCUGCUGUAACCACAGCUGUGUACCGAACGCAGAGGCUUCAUUCCCGGAUAAUAACUUCUUGCUCCAUCUCACUGCUGUAGAAGACAUCAAGCCUGGGGAGGAAAUCUGCAUCAGUUACCUAGACUGCUGCCAGAGGGACCGCAGCCGGCAUAGCCGGCACAAGAUACUCAGGGAGAACUAUCUGUUUGUGUGCUCCUGCCCCAAGUGCCUGUCGCAAGCUGAUGAUCCUGACAUAACCUCGGAGGAUGAGGAGGAGGAGGAGGAAGAAGAGGCAGAUCUGGAAGUGGAGACCGAUGAUGCUGAAUUGGAAGAUGAAAUGACGGAUGUUUAAGCUGAGCUAGAUUAUCGCGCCAUGUCACUGCCAUCUUUCACACACCCUUCCUCCCUAACAUAAGUGACACUGCAUUCAGAACAACCAAUCAGAAUGCUCCUUUCAAAAAGGUUUACAGAACACUCCAGAUGUUCCUAUUAGAACUCUUUUAUUGGCUUAAGCUGUUAUGGGAACUAUCAAUAUAUCUUCACGUGCAUCUUUGGGUGCAGCACUUUGAGUGUUCGUUUUGCACUGUCGUUGGGAGGAGUUGAUCCUCCACUCUAAUUCUGGACCUAGAGAAAAUGCCAAGUGAUCCCUCUGUGCUCCUUAUUGCAUGUCAAUACCCAGAAUCCUUGUCUUCAUUUUGACCUCUCUGAUAUGUUAUUGCAGUGAAUAAAGCGGGUCUAGGAACCUGCCCACAAGCUGCGAGCUAAUUAAGGGCUGCUGUUAGCGAGGGUUUUGUGCUGUAUCAGUCUUUGGUCAUCCUCACCUAAUAGAUGUUUAACGUAUGUACAAAACCAGUUAAGCAAUGUAAUCGUCACAGGAUGCCUGUUUCUCCUACAUAUCUGAUCAUGUGAGCUCGGUACACUGCACUGUGCAGCACUUGUGUACGAGCCUGCUCAUAUCAAAUGGAUGAAACUAUCUUAGUGGAAAAUUGGGAGAUAAAGGAAAUAGCUAAAAUCUACUUUUUGUGCAGCACAGAAUGAAGUGCUGGAUAUCCUGUUUCUUAUUAAACCGUAUGCCAAACAGUC